AUGGUGAACAAGAAUAAAGAUGUUUUGACCACCGGUCAGUUACGUCGUUUGUUGGAGCAUCAAUACAAAGCCGAGGGUUGCUCCCUUCUGGAACCUUUGAUGCAGAAAUUCUGGCGAUGGUUAGUUGAACAAGUUCCUCGAUGGUGGGCCCCUAAUGCCAUUACAGCCACCGGUUUGGCCCUCAACAUUUUCACCACUUUGAUCAUGGUUUAUUACAGUCCAGAUGCAAAACGUCAGGUGCCUUCUUGGGUUUACUUCAUCAAUGCUUUGGGACUGUUCAUUUACCAAUCUUUGGAUGCCAUUGAUGGCAAACAAGCUCGAAGAACUUCAACAAAUACUCCUUUAGGAGAACUCCUAGACCAUGGUUGUGACUCUCUAUCCACUGUGUUUGUGACGCUGGGUAUAUGCAUUGCCUUGGAGUUAGGUAACCAUUUGGAAUGGUUCUUUUUCAACUGCUUUGCUAUUAUGUUCCUCUUCUACUCGGCACAUUGGCAAUCUUAUGUUUCUGGAACACUCAGGUUUGGUCUAAUUGAUGUCACAGAAGGUCAGUUGAUUGUGAUAGGCAUCUAUAUCUUCAAUGCUUUCAUGGGUACUGGAUUUUGGAAUAUUCAGGUGCCUGGCCUUAGAACACCCCUCCGCCUCCUUCCUGUCUACUUUGGAAUCUUUGCAGCCAUCUUACAAUGCAUUCAGCAUUUUUCUGUGAUAAUAAUCAAAGGAGGAAUUGGAAAAAAUCAUUCAACAGUGGCAGGGACCAGUACGAUAUUUCCUGUAUUGCCAAUUUCUAUAGUUCUGUGCCUGGCAGCGGUAAUCUACCAGAAAUCCCCAACACAUGUUUACAUGAAGCAUCCAUGUUUAUAUGUGAUCAGCUUUGGGAUGGCUUCUGCAAAAAUUACAAACAAACUAGUGAUAGCACAUAUGACAAAAAGUGAAAUGGAUCUACUUGAUCACACACUUCUUGGACCAUUAUUGGUGUGUCUCAAUCAAUACUUUGACUGCAAAAUCAAUGAAGUUGUUGUACUUUGGGUCUUUUGUAUUUACUGCACUUGCAACUUGCUGUACUUUGCACGACAAGUGUGCCUCCAGAUCAGCAGGCAUUUAAAUAUCUAUAUUUUUACAAUCACAAGAAAGCCUCAAGCCAAUAAAGAGAGUAUGAAUAGAAACAGCCGGGCACGUCAGGCUCAUUAG